AUGGAUUUCAACGAAUUGGAACGACGCGAGGGCGUGCGGUUGUCGUGGAACGCGUGGCCGUGCUCGCGGAUCGAAGCCACGCGCGUGGUGCUGCCGAUCGGCGCGCUCGUGACGCCGGGACGCGAUCUCGGGGACGCCGCGCCGACGCUGCCGUACGAACCGGUGGUGUGCGAGGGGUGCCAGGCGGCGUUGAAUCCGUACUGCUCGGUGGAUUACUACGGCAAGACGUGGCGAUGCUCGCUGUGCGAUGGGCUGAAUAAAUUGCCGAGGAAUUACGAACAGAUCAGCGAAAAUAACCUGCCGGCGGAGCUGUUUCCGACGUACACGAGCGUGGAGUACACGAUGACGAAUAAGACGCCGACGGCGCCGUGCUUCGUGCUGUGCGUGGAUUGCGCGUGCGGGAGCGCGGAGGAGUUGCAGGACGCGAAGGACAGCGUGAUGCAGUUGGUGAGCUUGUUGCCGGAGGAUGCGUUCGUGGGGUUGGUGACGUUCGGGUCGACGGUGCGCGUGCACGAGUUGGCGGAGACGAACGGGGCGAUGCGGCGAUCGUACGUGUUUCGCGGGACGAAGGAUUGCGAGCAGGAAGAUUUGCGCAAGAUGUUAGGGCUGGAUUUCAAUCGUCAGCGCGCGGGGAUGAAUGGAAUGAAUGGAAUGAACGGCGCUGCGGCGAUGAUGCCGAAUGGCGUGGACGCCAAGCCGGUGAGACGAUUCGUCGCGCCCAUCAGCGAGUGCGAGUUCACGCUGCAGAGCGUCCUCGACGAGGUGACACUGGACGAGGAGAAGACAGAGCGCGGGAAGCGCGCGCUACGGGCGAUGGGUGCGGCUAUCAGCAUCGCCGCCGGACUUUUAGCCGAAUCGCACUCGUCGCAAGGGGGUCGUGUGCUCACGUUCACCUCCGGGCCGUGCACCGUAGGGCCUGGCGCCGUCGUGGGGACGGAUAUGAGCGAGAAUUUGCGCUCGCACCAAGACUUGGAAAAGAACGCGGCUAAGCAUUACAAGGAGGCGUGUAAAGUUUAUAACGCGAUCGGAAUUCGACUAGCAACGAAUUCUCAUACAUUGGACGUCUUCGCGUGCUCUCUGGAUCAAGUCGGACUGGCGGAGAUGAAAAUAGCGGUGGAUCAAACAGGCGGGAACAUGAUUCUCGCCGAGCAGUUCCGCGCAGAGACUUUCAGGCAAUCAUUAGCGAAGAUGUUUGCGAGAGAUCCGAAAACUGGUGCCUUGGAGAUGAAGUUCAACGGAACUUUUAGCGUGUUCUGCACGCCGCAAAUCAUGGUGUGCGGCGCCAUCGGGCCAAUUAGCGCUUUGGCGGUCAAGUCGCAGCGAAUUAGUGAAAACGAAAUCGGUUUGGGACAAACCACAUCGUGGCGCAUGUGUUCGUUCACGCCCACUUCAACCAUAGCGGUCUACUACGAAGUCGUCAACCAGCACAGCAAUCCGAUCCCCAACGGGCAACCAUUCUUUCUGCAGUUUUGCACGAGAUUUAAGACGAGUGACGGGCAGAUUCGCCUGCGAGUCACCACCGUGGCGAGACGCUGGGUCGAAAGUAGUUUGGCGCCCGAAAUCGUGGGCGGGUUCGACCAAGAGGCGUGCGCUGUACUCAUGGCGAGAAUUGCAACGUUUAGAACUGAGAAUGAAGAGUCCUUCGACUUGUUGAGGUGGCUCGAUCGCACACUCAUUCGCGUUGGCGCAAAGUUUGGGGAAUAUCAGCGAGACGCGCCGGAUAGCUUCCGCAUGCCACCGAGCAUGUCCAUCUAUCCACAGUUCAUUUUCCACUUGCGCCGCUCACAGUUCUUACAGACCGCGAAUAACUCACCGGAUGAAACAGCGUUUUAUCGCAUCAUGCUCUCUCGCGAGACGGUGACAAACUCGUUGGUGAUGAUUCAACCGACGCUGUUGAGUUAUUCCUUCAACGGCCCACCCCAACCGGUGCUUUUGGACGUCAGCGCAAUCACGCCCGAUACGAUCUUGCUGUUAGACUCAUACUUCUUGAUAGUCGCACAUAGAGGCAGCACGAUCGCGGCGUGGCACAAAGCCGGAUACCAGGAUCAACCAGAACACGAGGCGUUCCGCGCCCUGCUCGCGGCGCCGGUACGCGACGCGAAAGCUUUGGCGGCAGAUAGAUGUCCGACGCCGCGUCUCGUGGAGUGCAAUCAAGGGGGGUCGCAGGCGAGGUUCUUGCUCGCCAAGUUGAACCCUUCGGCAACGCACAACACCGACCUCGGGUACGGUCAAAGUGGUGGAGAGAUCAUCUUCACCGAUGAUAUAAGCAUGAACGUAUUCGUCGACCAUUUAGCCAAGCUCGCAGUUAGUUCGUAGAUCAUAUCAUCAAUGAAUGCGCAAGUACAUUAAUCACUACA